AUGGCGCCCAAACUCGACGAAUACAUCAUACAGAUGCGGAAUCUCCACAAGAGGUAUGGUCUUUCGAAGAACGUGAUGCAGCUUUUCAAGGCCUUUGGUGAACAUCACCGAGGCGCAAGCAGCCCCGAGGCCUUGGGCCGAUGGCUUCGAAGCUCUCCACUUAUGAGGAAGGCAUGCACCGACACUAUCUCUUCUCUCGCCAAAGAAAUACAGAAGAAUCCCACGCCUGAUUGCAUCGCUGAGUGUGGUGAACUCAUCAGCAGUUGUACUGAAAUGCUAAAUCUUGCCAAUGAGUCCAAGCAGGGAACAAUACUGCCCUUCAUGAAGUUUCCCGCCGAGAUUCGAAGAAGUGUUUACCAGUACUACUUCAACAACCUCUUCACAUCGCAUCGACAGCACCAGCACAACACCAUCACCAUCAUCCGCCAACGUCCUCACAACUGUAUUUGCCUCGGUCACCAGAGCUACCAAACCGGCUUAGCUCGUCGGCUUCAGAUGGAUCUAAUCAUCACUUGUACACAGAUCAAGGAUGAGGUCCUUGCUUUGUGGUUCGAGGGCUAUGUUUUCCACUUCGCUUGUGGUUGUGAGCUUAAGAGCAGCCUGCAAACAAACAGCAGUCUAAGCAACAACCUCAAGAAUGUCAAGAUCCACUGGACAGGACAAGAGUCUGCCGAGGCCUUCAUCCUCCUGAGAAAAGUCGCCACACUCAAGAGCCUCGUCGUCGUCAUCUCAAAGUCAACUACCAAUACUCAGUCCGAGAAAGAGAGAUUGCUUCGGAGGUACUUCACCCAGAAAGGCCAGACGAGAGUGUCAGAGGCCUUGGGCUUCGACGAGCUGAUGGAGUUCCGUGGGCUCGAGCAUGUCGGCGUCGAGCAUGUGCAGAAGAGCCAGGCAUUUCGCCGCUCGGAGGAGGACCGAAACGGGCUUGAAAAGCUGCUGAAGUUUGUAGCACUGGACGACUAA